GGUUUCUAUCAUCGGCUGUUAGUUUUCCAUUUAGCUUAAUGCCUUUGAGGUGAACUGAACCAGAGGAACUCCGUGUUUCAGGCCUCAGCAGGUCCGGCUUUUGUGGGCGGAGGCAGUUCGUGGGCGGCGAUAGUUAAAGCAGAUUCUGUGGAAGCGGACCUUUAACGCCUUGCAGACUUCCUGAAGCUGCAGAGCCCGGCUGAGAUGGCGUUGGUGGGGAAAACCGCUGUGGUGACCGGAGCGGCCAUGGGGAUCGGAAGAGCUUUGGCGGAGAUCCUGCUGGAGAACGGAGCCAAGGUGGCUCUGCUGGACAUUAAUGAGGCUGCAGCAGAGCGCCCCCUGCAGGCGCUGGAGCAGCACUUCGGGGCAGAGAAGACCAUCUUCCUGAAGUGUGACGUUGAAUCCGAGGAGCAGAUCAGAGCUGCAUUUAAGAAAACCGUAGAAACCUUCGGGGGAAUCGACAUUUUAUGCAACAACGCCGGCGUCCUGAACGAAACCAGCUGGGAGAAAACCAUUUCCAUCAACCUGAUGGGUGUGAUCAGAGGGACCUACGUGGCUCUGGAGCAGAUGAACCAGCUGAGCGGCGGCCGCGGCGGAGUCAUCAUCAACACGGCCUCCAUGGCAGGAAUCGGUCCGUUGCUGAGCUGCCCCUCUUACACAGCAAGCAAGUUUGGAGUGGUGGGAUUCACCCGAGCCAUGGCCGCUGCCUCUGAGGCUUCUGGGUACGGCGUUCGGUUCAACGCGGUUUGCCCUGGCUUCGUGCAAACCGACCUGAUAACCAACAUCCCGGUUCGGCUGGGUCAGUUCUCCAACCUGGCCGCCGCCACACACCAACUGGUUGACGUGAUGGGGACGAUAGCGGUUUCUGAUGUCGCCGCCGCCGCCUUGGAGCUGCUGAUAGACGACACGAAGAACGGAGAGGCCCUGCUGGUCUUACAGAGUGGAGCCACGUACAUGCAGUUCCCUACAUUCAAUCCAACACAAAAUAAACCCUUAUAAUACGAACAAUAACCAACAUCUGGAUUCAGUUCUGCAAAAAACCCAUCAGACCUGCUGUGGUCUUAAAUACCAAAGAUCACAGCUCCUCUUUUCGCCACAUUGUUUCUAUAAUUUACUUUUUCUCUUGUUUCUAGUCAUUUUCUACCACUGUUUGAAACCCAAGCUAAGAAAAUAAAGAAAUUAACAGCAUUAUAGUAAAGAAUCAUUCUAUGGCAUUUAUUGACAGACAUUUUGGACAUUCAUAAAAUUACUUCCUAUAAAAAAAAAAAAUCACUAGACCAAACAAACUGCACCUUUAAAAGAAUUCAGAUAAUAGUCUCAGGAACAGACGUGUAAAUGCCAUUUUAAUCUAUGUUUUUAUUAUUUUCAAAUGUAAAACUAACUGAAAUACACUAGAAUACAACAUUUUCAUACCUAUUAAUGUUAUUAUUUGGUGCUUCGGGGCAAUAAAAUCCUAUGAAGGAGGUCAAAUUUAAAAGAGAAGAGCUUUAAAAAGCCAUUAGCACAUAAAAUGUUCCACACAGUUUAUAUUAGGAACACCAGCAGAAAGUUAGGGUUUUUGGACUAAUCCAUGUAAGAACACAACAAAUGUGAAUAAUGAGAAAUCUAUUUCAUGAUCUUCUGAAGACAAAAGGAGCCGGAAGGUUUAAAUCUGUUAGUCAUUAACUUUAAUGACAUUUUCUAAGAGCUGCUUUCAUGUUUCCACAGCAAACCAAAAGUCAGACAUGCAACUUUCUGUAAACAGAACAUUUUCUGUUGUUUUCUCUGUGCCGUCGCUGAGUGUUUUCCUCCUCAGGCCAGGCGAGAAGGUAACAGCUGCUGCAGAAAUGUUUCUUUAAUCUGGAUGUUACAUUAGUCAUUUAUAAACCAAUCAACAUACUUUGUAUGCAAGUCACCAGAACCUGGACAAUAAUGUCAACAUUCAUAUACACAUUA